AUGAUUAAACUCUCACGUUUUGAAAAACUACAGAAGGAACAAAAUGCAUUAUCUUUUAAGCCUAUAAUUGAUGAGUUAGUGAGUUCGGAUUUGGAAACUUUUUUGUUUAUGGUUGAAAAGAUCCAGGAAUGGGAUAGACCGAGGGAGGAUUUGUUUAUAUGGAUCCCUGUCUUGAAUAAGAUUGAUUCCAUUCUGUCUGAACUUGUCGAAAAAUACAGUUAUUCUGGAGUUGAUCCUAAAAUAAAGGCUAUUACAUUGGUCCCAAUGGAUUUACAAGAUGAAAAUACAGUGGUAAUAUUAACUGACUUCACUUGCAGGCUUUUAUAUCAUACAGAAAAUAGAUAUAUUUAUUCUUCAAUUGAUGUCAUGAAUGAUUUAUUGAAUUGCCCCAAUUUUAGAGUAAAAUAUGGUGCUAUUAAAGUACUUGCCAUUAUUGGUGAAAGAUACGUCAUUGCUCGUGAAAGAUUAGAAACAUUAUGUAAGUCAACAUUGCCUGAAAUGAGAAAGAAGGCUCUACAUUUGGCUUUGGCUUUACCAUCUUCGGUGAGUAAUGAUGACAGUGAACAAUUCACAUUGGUAGAUUUGUUUUUUAACAGUAAAAAAUACCCUUCCAAGUGGUCAAGAUUCAAGUUUACUUAUUAUAACAGCUCACCCGGUAAAGAAAAUAAUAAUACUCAUAAAAUAAAUUCACAAAAUAACGGAUCUUCAAUGAGAAAGAUUAUUUUUAACAAUGAUGAUUUGAAAAAGUUUUCUCUGAAGCAGUUGUUUGAGAAAGGUAUGGAGGUUCUUCCACCAGAAACAUGGUACAACUAUUCUCUAAAAGUUACAAUAGCUAAAGCGUUUAGUGAGGAUACCCCUGAAAAUAUUCAACUAAGGAAUAUUAUAGUUCAAACGAAAUUCAUAGCAGUAGCAUUUAUAAACACAAUUUUCAUUCCACCUCAUGUUAGCUCUAAGUUAUUUGAAGUUGAUCCAUACACAUUCAAUUGUCUUACGGAUUUUAUCUCGUUAGCAGAAAGUCGGAUCCCAGGUAGAUUAAGGAUAGAUGCACUGUUUGCAUUAGAAUGUAUUUCUUUGAAACAUAUCUGGUGUUCUGAUAUUAUGAGAAAUUUAGGUGGGAACUUAUCACAUGGGGUUUUAUUUCAAAUUUUACGUCAAAUUGGUAAAUUAAUUAGAAAUGAGACAAAUAAAAGUGAAGAUUUUAAUGAGGAAUACAAUGUAAGAUUUUUUUAUUUGAUUUCAAAUUUGGCAGAAGUAAAAACAUUGCAUGAUUCUUUGUUGGCAGCGGGUUUAAUACCUUCGUUAUUAGAAAUCAUUUCAGCAAAGAAUAACUUAUAUAGAAGAACAAAGGCAUCUGCUACACAUUUGUUAGAAGUUUUUAUUAAUGAUGUGGAUUCUACAGCAGAACUGAUUAACUAUAAUGGUUUUACUUUGAUAAUUGAUUUUGUUACUGAACAAGUUAAUAUUGGACUAACAGAUGCAAAGACUGAAAAUACUUUGCAACUUUCCACAAUUGAUUUUCUUAUUCCGUACAGACAACAAGCCUUUAUCAAGAGUUUAUUAAAAUUGGUAUUAAAAUUACUUAAGAUAGAUUCUGGUGAUAGAAUUAGAAAUUUAAUAGAUUCUCCUAUCUUGGGUUCAUUAUUGAACAUAUUAAAAAAUAUGGAAAUUUUUGGUUCUACCUUAGUAUCUUUUACUCUUGAUGUGAUUCAAAGAGUUAUUAAUAGUGAACCAACUAUAUAUACCGUGCUAGUUGAAGCUGGUAUAAUUCCAUAUAUAAUAGAGAAUUUUUCAAAAUUCAUUAUCCCUCAUUCUGAAUUACUAUAUUUAUUACCUGAUGUCAUAUCUGCUUUGUGUUUAAAUUAUGAGGGUUUACAAGAGGUUAAAGAAAAAAAUCUUAUUGAUUUUCUAUUUAAGGCUAUCUUAGACCCAAAGUAUGCUAGAGAAUUAUCUUGGAAAGAGGAAGCCACAGAUUUAGGCACAGCUUUAGAUGAACUAGCUAGGCAUUAUCCUGAUUUAAAACCUGAUAUUAUCAAGUCCUUUUGUGAAACAGUCAAAGAGAUUCCAUCUCAUUUAAAUUUCAAUGUUGUAUUUCUUCAUAAGUCUAAGUCAGGUGGAACCUGUUUUUACCACUCAAGAGAAGAACCUGUAUUGAAUAACGAAGAAAAUGGAACUCAACUGAACUUUUGGGAUGAACAAGAUUCUAGUGUAAUAAUAGACUGUUUUUCAAAUCUACUAUACGGAAUGACUUUAGAUAAUUCAACUUUAGAUAAGUUGCCCGAGGUUUUGAAUCUAGAAGAUUUAUAUAAUGUUAUAAUACCAACCAGUGCACCAUUUGAUUACACAUCUUCACAAGCUAUGUUGAAUAUUACAGAUGUUCUUCAAAUUCUUGAUGAACAUCGUUCUGGUUACAAUUUUGUGGUAUUUUUGGAGCAUCUCCAUAAUCGUUUAGGUGACAUUAAGGGAUUCUUAACUUCUCCAAAUGAAACAAGUUACUUUUUAGGUAUUGAGAAGGAUGAUCAAAAAAUAACACAUGCAGGUCGCGUUGUUGAUAAUCUUAACAGCAUAUCUUCUAUUUUGCAUAUUAUCACAAAUGUUUAUGUUACCCUGAUGACUUUAUCUAAUACAAGAGUUCAAGAGAUUGUUGAUUUUUUCCAAAAAGAAAGUAACUUAGAUCUUUUAACUAACUUGAGCAUGUUAUUUCAGAAGGCAGCAUUGGAAGAGAUGUACAUUCGCUCUCAUUUACCUGAUGAAGUUGUGACACACACAACACCCGAUGUAUUUGGUCAUACACCACCCAUUCAUAUUCAUCGGACAAAGCCGGUGAGAAAUGAAUUAAAAGACAAUUUUACGUCUGCUAAAUUUAAAAAUACAUUUCAAAUCAGAAAUAUAUUGAUUAGGAUACAAUCCUGUAUUGCAAUGUUAUUAAGAUGUUUCUUGAGACUAAGUCAUGCUACAUCUAUGGAUUUGAUAUCUCAGGAUAAGGUAACUGAAUUGAAAAUUUUUGAGAGUAUUAUUCAACAACUGUGUGCAAUGGUGGAUGUAGCGGCCAACUUAGGGAAUACAUCAUAUAUAUUGGUAUUACUGCAUUUCAAUACAUAUGUCAUGACUUUUCCAAAGACUACAAUUGCUACUACAGAAAUAAUUCAAACAAUGCCGGUUUACUUGUUUUAUCAAAAGGGAGGUUAUCAGCUCUACACAAAUAUACUUUUAAAAUUUUUCAAUAUGUUGACAGAAUUUACCGAUAUGGAAGUGGUAGAAAAAAUCGAUUAUUUAGAGGAAAGAGAGGAAGUUUUAAUAGUUAGUGUAAUAACAAAUAUUUUAACAUUCUUUAACAAAUGUAUCCAACAAGAAAGUAUGGAAAGCAUUCGGACCAUAUCUAAUUAUUAUGUGAAUAUUGAUGAUUAUAAUGUUACUAAAAGUUUAAUGAAACGAUUGAAAAUACGGACUUUGAAAUUAUUAUCGAUGUUAGGACAAAUAUUCAAUAUCUUUCAUUCAGUGAAAAGGCCAAUUCCUUAUGGUGUUUUUAAGCAAAUUUUAACUCUUUGGAAAAAUUCCUAUACCAUGAAUCAUGAAACAGAUUCAGAUAAAUUAUAUAUGAUAGAAUGGGAUCUUAUAAUUCCUUCAGAAAGAAAAGUUUCUCUCUUGGUAAAAGUUGGUGUGGAUGAAAAUGUUGCUAGAAAUUAUUUAGAAAAUCACAAGAACAUGUUACCAUCAAGUGAGUCAGAGUUAUCUAUUAUAUCCCCCGAACAAAAAGAACAUUUCAAAUCACUUCUAGAGUUGGAAAAUUCAAUGAACCCCAAACUAUUAAAUGAUGAAGGCAUAAUUGGUAAGGAUCUUGAAGAAUUGAGAAAAGAGGUAUAUAAUGAGAAUUUGAAAACGAAAAUUUUUGAUAUAUUACCAUUAUAUCCAAAGCUAGUUAAUGCUAUUGCUAAAACUCUCAUUCAAAUAUUUACGUGUCUUUCUUUGCCUAUUGUAGAUUUUACACAUUCCAUGUUGAGUCAAAUUCAAGUUGCAGGUAUUGAGGAUGAAUCUAAAAUUUCAUCAUUUGUUCAUUUGUUUGGUAUCUUUUUGAAUGAGGGAUUUGUAUAUCAGCAGUCAAUUAAUUUGAUGGAUGACUUUGUUGUACACUUAGAACAAUUAUUAAAACCCAAGUAUGUGAAUAAGAUAUGGUUUUCCAAGUUUUUGUAUUGUUAUGAAAUAAUUUUGUCUAAAUCUGAAUUACCUACUUAUGAAACCCCCGCAGAAGGUAUAUCAUUGCGCUAUAAGUUGGUUCCUAUGCUCCCUGCAUAUAGAAUUAAAGAAAAUUUAAAGUUAACUAUAUUUAAAAGUUUGAUUAAAAUUGCAGAGAUUUCAAACUUUUAUUCAGCUUUAGCAGUUUCAAGAGUACUUUUAAUAUACGCAAGAGAGCGCUCUUAUGCCGUAGAUAUUAUUAAUUCUGGUAUUGUUUCGAGACUACUAAAAGCUGUCGGUACAUUCCAAAAGUACGAUAAAAUUAACUUCCUAGAAUCAUCUUUUCUUUUAUUAGUUAGACGUUGUUUUGAAACAGAUGAGUAUGUUUCUAACAUUAUAACAUCUGAGAUUGAUAAAAGCUUUACAUCUAGGACAUUAGGCAGCCAAAAAGAAAAAGAGCGCGAUUUGGCCAGCUUAUUAGAAGAGAAACCGCAUGUUGUUAUGAGAAAUCCUACUCUUUUUACUAAUAUACUAUCAGAAACAGCACGUUUUGAUGAUUUUGGGUCAGAUGAUGUUCUAUUAAAUUUUACAAUGAGACGUCACCAAGAGUUGAAAAAGCCGAUAACUGAAGAACCUUCCGGAGAUUGGCAACCUUCCACGCCAACAGGAAUCAUUCACUUAUUAUUGAGUCAGCUAAUGGCAGCUGCUAAAAAGGAUUGGAUUUCAGACCCCCCAACUGAUACUGCUAAAUCAAAUGAUAUGGACAAAGACAUAAGGCACAAUCUAACAAAAAAUCAUGUUUGUGCAUAUAUGAUUUUUUUACUGAAGAUGUUAGCUGAACUAAUUAGCAGCUAUAAGCAAUGUAAAUAUGAAUUUUUAACUUAUAGUAGAAAGAAUAUGUAUACAGAAAGACCUCGACAUAGGUCUACUGCUUUAAAUUUCUUUCUAUAUCAGUUGUUAGACAAAUCUUCUUCACAAGAUCAAAAUAAAGAAGAAUCUAAGAGGAAAGAAGUUAUUAGUAUGUUGGCAAAAUCUGUUUUAGUUGGUUUUCUUACUAGUGUAAAUGAUGCAAGUAGUGAAACUGUCGAUCCAAAAAAAGCAGAUAGUGAUCUUACCUUUAUUCGUAAGUUUGUUAUUGAGGCAUUGGUGAAAGUUUUAAAAUCUGCUAGUAGCACUUCAAAACUUCUGGAACAAAACGUCGACAAACUGGAUGCUUGGUUUAGCAUAAUUAGUUCAAUGGUGUAUGUGCAGGCGCCAUAUCUAAGAGUAAUGAUUGACUCGAAUAAAAUUGAGGCAGACCGUUAUCAAAUUUGUCGUUUAAUGAUAGAUCUUAAUAUCCCAGCAGCUAUAACAGAAUGUAUGUCCAAAUUGGAUCUUAACUAUCCUUUUUGCAAAAAGUUAUAUAAUGAUGCAGUUGAAACUUUGAAUGCAAUUAAUUCUACCAGAUCAGAUUUUGCCAAUUAUUUUAAAGUUGAAACUCAUGAAGAAGAUGUCGAUAUGGAAGAAGAAUCUGAAAGAGAGGAAGUGCCAAACAUGUUCAGGAAUUCUGCUUUAGGAAUGUAUGAUGUUGAAGAUGUAGAGGAUGAGGAGGACGAGGAUUCAUUAAUUGGAGAUGAUGAGGGUAUUGCAUUUGUUAAUGACGAUGAUGAAGGCUAUGAAGUCGUGUUUAGUGAAGAUGAAGUUGAUGAAAAUGAGGGAGAAACUGCUGAUUCUUUAAGUAGUGGUAGUAGUGUUGAAGAGAUUGUUUUUGAAGUUGAACCUGAUGAAUUAAGUGAUGAGGAAAUGGAAAAUGUGGAAUCUGAAGAUGAUUUUUCAAGUUCAGAAGUUGAAGAGGGUUAUUCAGACAAUGACAGUGGGCAAUUCGAUGAUGAAGUUCAGAAUUAUGAUUCGGAUAUAGAUAUAGGUAUCAGUGAUUACUAUGAGGGAGAAUCAGACUGGGAGUCAGGUCUUACUGAUUUGACAACCUCGGAAGAGGAUAGUGAUACAAACAAUGAUAACUACGAAGAUAUAUCACAAGUUAGAUUAGGUAACGGAAGAGCUGUAUGGUCUUUAGGAAAUGGGGUUGAGCUUGAGGAAGAAAUUUCAGAUGAAGAAGAGCAGGGUGUUUUCCACGGUAUUCAACAUGUUUUUAAUCCAGAUGAUCAGUUACUAUUUAGAGUUCAUGAAGGUAGUAAUAGAGGACAUAAUCAUCAACGUGUAUACCGUCGUCAUCCAAAUUCCUCUAUGGUCCCACCAUCUAUGUCCUUGUUGAAUGGUAAUAGAAGGAAUCAAAGUAAUCUAAUCAACCCACUAGGGCCUAGUGGUCUUGAGCAGGUAGAAAAUGAUAUUACAGCACAGUUAACCACAGUUGGAACUGGUGUCCGUCCAAGAACAGGUCGUCCUCAUUUUGCUGAUGUUUUAUUUUCAGGAGAAGUACUUGAUGAACGGAUAUUGGAUGGAAUUGUGAUGAAAUCUACAUUAGCAAGAUGGAAAGAUAUUUUCGAUAUGUUUUAUGAUUCUAAAAAUUAUGCUAAUUAUUUAAUACCUUCGAUUCUCAAUCGUCUAUUCAAACCAAGUUUGGAAAUAUAUCAGUCUAGUCAAAGGAAGAGACAGGAAAGGAUUGAAAAGUUAAAGGAGGCACGUACCAAAAGGCAAAAGUUGUCUCCAGAAGUUAGUAUUGUAGACAGUCAUCAGAUAUCAACUGAUAAUAAUUCACCAGUAAGCUCUACCCUAGGUUCUGUAAGUGUUGGACAACAAGGUAGUCCCCAAUUGCAGGAGUCGGCGCCUAUCUAUGUUGAUAUUGAAGGUACAGAAGUUAAUAUUGCUGGAACAGAUAUUGAUCCGGAAUUUUUAAAUGCAUUACCUGAGGAUAUGAGAACAGAAGUAUUUGUUCAACAUAUUCGUGAGCGUAGAGCUGAUGCAGUACAUGGGAUUACUUCUUCUAGAGAAGUUGAUUCAGAGUUUCUUAAUUCUUUGCCAGAAGAUAUUAGAAAUGAAAUACUUGAACAAGAGGCUGCUGAACAAAGAUUAUCAAAUGUUAUUGGAAGAGCCAAUGAGUCGAACAUUGAAGAAAAUGAAGAUUUUGAUAUGUUGCAAGAUGAAGAGGAUAAUAACGCUAUUCAUGAAACAUCAUCAAUUCAUGAUACCAUGGAAGUACACGAAGAGCAAGGUAAAGAAGAGAAAAAGAAGCAAGAAAAGAUAUAUUUUGAACCAUUAAUAGAUCGUCAAGGUACAGCUGCAUUGAUGAAGUCUGUGUUUAUUGUUCAACCAUAUAUUCAAAGAGAGAUUUAUCAUGAACUUUUUUUGAAGUUAUGUUCUAGCAAGCAGAAUAGGAAUGACAUUGUUAACAUUUUAUUAAUGAUUUUACAGGAAGGAGCCGUUGAUCAAAAUUCUCUAGAAAAGAUAUAUGGUAUGAUAGUUGCUAGAUCUCAGGGUAAUACAAGAGUUUCAAACUCAGCAAUCAAGCAACUUCCUCCUGAUACAACACCACUAACUGUUGCAAAUCAGGCAAUAGAAAUACUUCAAUAUUUAAUUGAUUCAGACUCCAAAAUUAAGUUCUUUUUUAUAACAGAACAUGAAAACUUAUUGGUCAGUAAGAACAAAAAAGAUGAUUCCAAGAUGAAAGAUAAGUUACCAAUAAAAUAUUUAUUUUCAUUGCUCGAUAGAAAGUUGAUAACUGAUGAGACAGUAUUGAUGGAUUUAUUGACCAAUAUCCUUCAGACAUGUACUAAACCGUUACCUGCUAUGUUAAAAAAUAAAAAUAGUAACGUUUCCAAGAGAAAAUUCAAUAUACCAAGUUUUGAUGCUGAAGAACUAUCAAAGAUUGUAUCUAUUAUUAGACUUGACAGUUGUAGCACAAAAGUAUUCCAACAGACUUUAAAUAUACUUCAUAAUUUAUGUGCUGUAGAAGGAUCAUUCAGGAUAUUUACUGAUGAACUUUCUAAAAUCGUCAAGGAUACAGCAGUGAUAUUAAUAGAUGACAUUAAAGAAUUAACAAAAGAGGUUGAAAAUGCAAACUUUGGAAAUGAAUUAAGUGUUGAUUUAGUACAAAAGUUAACCCUCCCUAGUUCUGAGCAAGCAAAACUAUUGAAAGUUUUGACAGCUGUAGACUAUUUAUAUACGCACAAAAAGGUGGAGGAGAACAGCAAUGCUGUAGAACUGAUUAGUUUGUAUAGCAAGAUGGAUCUAGGUAAAUUGUGGCUAUCAUUAAGUGGUUGUUUGUCAGCAUUUGAAAAGAAGAAAAAUUUAAGUACAUCAGCAACUUUGUUGCUUCCAGUUAUAGAAUCUCUAAUGGUCAUUUCAAAACACUGUAGUAUGGCUAAUAGUGGGAGUAAAUUGGUCUCUUAUAGAGAAGAGAAAUUAGAAGAUUUGGAAAAUGUGGAUGUAGAGAAUCUAUUUGUUCCAUUCACUGAUCAACAUAAGAAGUUAUUAAAUCAAAUGAUUCGUUCUAAUCCGAAAUUAAUGAGUGGGCCAUUCUCAUUAUUGAUAAAUAACUCAAAGGUAUUAGAUUUUGAUAAUAAAAGAUAUUAUUUUAUUGCUAAGAUACGUUCGGAUACACAUGAACGCCCAAAACUUCCUAUUACAGUAAGAAGAGAUCAAGUAUUUUUAGAUUCUUAUAGGGCGUUAUUUUUUAAGACCAAUGAAGAAAUUAAAAAUUCUAAAUUAGAAAUAACUUUCAAAGGUGAAAGUGGUGUUGAUGCGGGUGGUUUAACUCGUGAAUGGUAUCAAGUAUUGUCAAGGCAAAUGUUUAAUCCCGAUUAUGCAUUAUUUUUACCUGUUGCGUCUGAUAAAACUACAUUUCAUUUAAAUAGAACAUCUGGUAUUAAUCCUGAGCAUUUAUCAUUCUUUAAAUUUUCAGGUAUGAUUAUUGCCAAGGCUAUCCGCGAUCAAUGUUUCUUAGAUUGUCAUUUCAGCAGAGAAGUUUACAAGAAUAUUUUAGGUAAACCAGUUUCAUUAAAGGAUAUGGAAUCACUUGAUCCCGAUUAUUAUAAAUCUUUGGUAUGGAUCCUAGAAAAUGAUAUCACUGAUAUUAUUGAGGAGACAUUUUCAGUUGAAACAGACGACUACGGUGAGCGUAAGAUUGUUGAUUUAAUUGAGAAUGGUAGAAACAUUGCUGUUACUGAAGCCAAUAAACAAGAAUAUGUUAAAAAAAUUGUUGAGUAUAAAUUAAACACAUCAGUAAAGGAACAAAUGGAUAAUUUCUUAGUUGGUUUUUAUGCUUUGAUACCUAAGGAUUUGAUUGGUAUAUUUGAUGAGCAGGAAACGGAGUUGUUAAUUAGUGGUUUACCUGAUAUUGAUGUGGAUGAUUGGAAGAAUAAUACCACGUAUGUAAAUUAUACUGCAUCUUGCAAACAAGUUAAUUACUUCUGGAGGGCUGUGAGGUCAUUUGACGUUGAAGAGCGUGCCAAAUUAUUACAGUUUGUUACUGGCACUAGUAAAGUUCCAUUAAAUGGAUUUAAAGAAUUAAGUGGUGUUAACGGUACUUGUAAAUUUUCAAUUCAUAGAGAUUAUGGAUCUGUAGAAAGGUUACCAUCAUCUCAUACAUGCUUCAACCAACUAAAUCUUCCGGCUUAUAGUUCAUAUGAAGCUCUUCGUAGUGCUUUGUUACAUGCAAUUAAUGAAGGAUCUGAAGGAUUUGGGUUAGCGUAG